GAAGAGGUGGCGGGAAGGGCUCUGGUGAAGUGCUCUCAGGGGCUUCUCGCCUUCGAGAGCCCGCAGUCACCUGCGAAAGGCGCAGCAGGACCUUGAGCUUUAAGGUACAUCCCGAGGUCGGCCGAGGGAGCAAGAGGCCUUCGUUCACCAUAGCAGGCUUUGCCUUCCUCCUCUCCCUCCUCCCCGCACCAAAUCUCUCAGGGAGAAAAGUUGUCCAGUGACUGUCUAAACAUGGAGCCCCAGUGCCGAAGAGUGAGAAGCAAACGCUGCUCCUAAGGGCUGCGGGUGCUGCCACUGUGGAGCAAGGCUCUGUCAGCCUCACCUCCCUGGACACAGAGAUACGGGUAUGGUGGAUGGGUACAGCUGGAUCAUCACUGCAAGGGACAGGCAAAGAUGAUGAAGGAUGGAAAGGUUUUUAGAAUUAUUCAAGAGAACUGUUGGGAUCCAGAAGUACGGAUUAAAGAGAUGAACGUAUCAGGAGUCACAGUCCAAGUCCUUUCCACAGUCCCUGUCAUGUUCAGCUACUGGGCCAAACCUCAGGAUACUUUAGAUCUAGCCCAGAUAUUAAAUAAUGACUUAGCUGCUACAGUAAAAAAAUACCCCAAGAGGUUUAUCGGCUUGGGUACAUUACCUUUGCAAGCUCCAGACCUGGCUGUGAAGGAAAUGCAUCGCUGUGUGAAUGAACUUGGAUUUCCUGGAGUACAAAUAGGAUCUCAUGUCAAUGAAUGGGACCUGAAUGCACCAGAACUCUAUGAUAUUUAUGCUGCUGCUGAACAAUUAAACUGCUGUCUCUUUGUGCAUCCCUGGGACAUGCAGAUAGACGGAAGGAUGUCCAAAUAUUGGUUUCCCUGGCUAAUAGGCAUGCCCACGGAAACAACCAUAGCCAUUUGCUCCAUGCUUAUGGGAGGAAUUCUUGAAAAAUUUCCUAAGCUGAAAGUUUGCUUUGCACACGGAGGUGGAGCUUUUCCAUACACAGUGGGGCGAAUCUCCCACGGAUUCAAUAUGCGCCCUGAUUUGUGUGCACUUGAUAAUAAGGUGGAUCCAAGAAAAUACCUUGGUUCAUUUUACACAGACUCCCUUGUCCAUGACCAUGGUGCACUAAGGCUGCUGACAAGUGUAAUUGGAGAGGACAAAGUUAUUCUGGGGACAGAUUACCCUUUUCCACUUGGCGAGCUGGAACCUGGAAAAUUGAUUGAUUCAAUGGAAGAUUUUGACAAUAAACAGAAGGAUAAACUCAAGGCUGGAAAUGCUCUGGAAUUUCUGGGUCUUAGCAGAAAACAAUUUGAAUGAUUAUAAAGAUAUUAAAGAGACCAAACUUCGGAAAUAAUGCUGAAUCCUCUCAUUUGCAUGUGCAACUAUACAGGUGAAAAACAAAUUUGACAAGUACAUUACAGCCUAAACCAAAUCCAGAACAAAAACAAGUGUCCUGGAAAUGAGUAUCCUCUGUGUGUUUGAGGAUUUAGGUCAUGUUUUAAACAAUUCUGAAAUUCUAGGUUUCAUGGAAAAAGAAAGAUUUCCUCUUUUGCAGUUGUAAUAAAAAUCUCUGAAAGAUAAUCAGUGUUGUGGUAUUAGGACUUGAUUCCCAGGAGAAAGAACAGAGAAAAUUAUGACUUGCAUCCAUUACAUUUCAGUUUUGUUAUGCCCAAUAAACAGAAUUUAAAAGAAUCUCAAACCAGAGGUUUUGUUGGAGCCCAGUAAAAUAAGACAUUUGCCUUUACUCACAGAAUGAGGUGGCAGUAUACACACUGCAGCUCAGCACUCCAAGCACACGCACCAACACUUCAGAAAUGUUGUGAUAGGAUGAAAAAGGUCUGUGUGUGGACUUGUACUUUGCAGCUGCCACCUACACCACUGGCAACUUCACUCAUCUGACGCAAUUUGAUCAAUGCAGUUGUAGGUGUACUAAUAAUGUAUUUGUGUGGGUAAUACGUUGUGCAUCGCUUUCAAAAUAAAUACUAGUAUUUAGCAACA